AUGGAGAUUUCUCUUGCAUCUUUGGGGUUUGCUGCCUGGUUGAGAAUGGAUUUACUUGGUGCUUUACUUGUUUUAUGGUUGCUUGUUUUAAUUUCAAUUCCUCGAAAUGCUCGAAAACGUCUUUGGCCUUUUUUAGUUUUCUAUUUGGCUUUUGUUCUGCCUUUGCAAUAUUUUAGUGCUCUUGGUUUACCUUCAAAUUUGUGCAUAGAUUAUCCAUGGGAUUAUUGGCAGCCUCUUUUUAACAUUUUUCAUUCGAUUGGUAAAAGUUGGCAACUUUUGAAUAACAAUUUGUCCUUAUUCUUGUGUCUACCAAAUUAUAGAAUGUCUCCAGACCGCUUUUCUGAUAACCUCAAAAUUGAUUUUAUUCUGCUAGCAAUUGUAUCAGCACAAAAUAGAAUGUUUAAACAAGAAAGUGAAGAACAUCCUGCGGGGUCUAAUGAUUCUAUUUAUGUUUGUAAUAAAUACCAAUUGUUAAAAGAAAAUCCUCAUUAUGAUUUUGUGAUUGAACAAAGAAGCUUUGUUGAUUUUAUUAAAUACAUAAUUUUCAUGUAUGGACAUUGGAUUACUAUGAUUAUGACUUUAUGUGCUGGUCUAGGUGGAACUUCACUUUUUGCCUUAGGCUAUGUAAUCCUCGCUUUUUGGAUGCUUUGGGAAGGAAAUAAUUUAUAUACAAUGCAUCGGUAUACAAAAACUUUGGCUCGUUGGAAUACUCUGGCAAAAUAUACAGUUGUUAUUAUGCUAUGUAAAAUAUUUCUACAGUUAGUUGGUUGUGUUUUUAUUGGUUUAAUUCGUCCAAAACAACUAUGUCCAGUUCAACAAUUAUUUUCAAUUUUUUGUGUUAAUCCACUUUCAAUUGGAGAACUUCAAAAAUUCUUUAGUGAAUUACCUAGCGACGAUACAGAAUUUAGUGAUUUACAAAGUUGUUCAAAAGGUGGAGAUUCUUCUGAAGCUAGUAUUGGUUUCGAUGCUGUAGCGUUUCUAUUUAUUAUUUUUCAACUGAGAAUUUUGCAUUCCUGGUAUUUCCAAAGAUGUAUGAUCGAAUUUAGAUGUGAGGUUAUUCAGGCUAAUAGAGGGGCUGUUUUAAUCAAUCAAUUAAUUGAAAAAGAGAUGCGGGAACAAACGGAGCAUCAGAACAAGAAACUUCGAGAAAUUAAGGCACGAACAGCGGCCAUCAGAAAACGUUAUGAAGAACAACAGAGGCGUAGCAGUGGAUAUGGCGCUGUUGUCUUUUCUCCACAAACAUAUGGGCAAGCAAAACGUGCUGGCGAUUAUUAUAUGUUUGAAGGCGAUCCGGAAAUUGAUGACUUAAUCGAGCCUGUAAUAUCUUUUGUUCCAGAAGUAACACCGGGAGCUGGAGAUUUUGAUAAAUUGGAUCCUGCUCAAUUAUUACACACAGCACUUGGAAAAGAUUUGGAUUUAAUCAAAACAUUAGAUUCUGUUGAAGAAGCAGAACAAAUUAAAGAUGAAAAAUUGAGAAUGAUUGCUGCUGUUGCUCCGUCAGAAAAAGCUAGAGAAAUUGCAAAAUUGGCACUUAAACUUAGACAUCAAUCUCCUCAGAAACCGGAAACAACUGUUCAUCAUAUGGAUGAGGGUGAUUAUUAUUCUAUUGGUGGUCCUUCUACUUCACAAGAAAAAUCAGAAAAAGAUGAGGAGACCGAUACAACAGAUGGAAUACCAAUAAUUCGUUUCCGCAAAAAAAGACAACAACAACAACCUGAAGAUGUUAUUGAAAAAGAAUCAACACAAAAAGAAAGUGAAGAACAACAAACAACAAAAAUUGAUGCUUAUAGUUAUGGUUUGUGA